AUGGCCCUUGACUUUUUCCACAACCUGUGGGGAGCCCUUGAGGAUUUGGACAAAGAGCGUGCUUCGGCUCCCAACAUUGUGUUUGAUCCUCACCAGCAAAUUUUGGAUAGUUAUCGACAAUGUGUGGCUCGCCAGCUCUUGAUGCAAAUGACUCGUCCGCAACAAGAUUUGGAGUCGGGGCCGGUUUCUGUUGCCUGGGGAGCCCAUAGUCUGUUGCAGACCACCACGACGGUGGCGGCCGACAGCAAGGGCCGUAUCGGUCGACGUCGGACUCGCAUCAGUUUGAUUACCGGCAAGGAACUGUCCAUUCGACAACGAUUGGGGUGUCUCUUGGUCAUUGAAGCCAUUUGUGGAAUGUACGGGGGCCAGCAAAACAAGGCUGAAUCCCCUCUCUUUCCCCUACUCGUGGAAAACACACUCAAGAGUAUUCAACAAUUGACACAAGAUGGACCUCCCAACAUGCAAGCCGAUGGAUUCCUUGAUCCGGCCAUUUUGGAAAAACUCGUAGAGUCCUUCUUGCCAAACAUGCUGGGCAAAUCCCAAAACUACCAAAAGUUCGUGGAUGAACUUCUCGCGGGAAAGGGUGUCAGCAAGGAAACCAUGUCCGUCCUCGAAGAGGCCAUUCAGCAAUACACAACAUCGAUCGUCUAUAAUGAUGAAAACUACAUUCCACCUCUUAUUGUUGCUAAAGAAGACCAUGAACUGGCAGAACUCAAGAGGUUGUUGGAUACCAAAGAAAAAGAACACACCAAAGCCAAAAAUACCAAUGCGGAGGAUAGUAUAAUCACUUCUUCGCAGAUUUUACCCAUCAAACCAGAGUCUCUCAUGCGUCAUCCGAUGCCACCCUUGGAGGCACCCUUUGCGAGACCCAUGCCACCACCCAUGAUUCCUCUCUUUGGAUUUGAGAGUCAAGAAGAACCAUUGACUGAAGAAGAAAAAACGGAUCUCCUGGAAGUCUUGCACGCCGAACUCAUUUGGUUGACACCCAACAACCUGCGUCUCAUGCUCAUUCCAGAAGACGAAGACAAGGAAGAUCAAGAAGCAAAAGAACUACAGUUUCGAAAGGUACUGCAACUGAUGAAGACGCAGGCAUUCCAAAAGACACUGGCUCCCAAUGACCACCGGACAGUCUUGGAAAUGCUCAACAGUGAUUUGGUCAACAAACCGGACGAAGAAGAGGACGAUGACGAAGAAGACGACGAGGAAGAUGAUGACGAAGAUGUCAUUCCCAGUAGACUCAUUCAAGAAUCCGGUCUGACACCGCAGAAUCUACCCAAAUUGGUCGAACAGAAUCCUCUCAUUGCCCAUGAAUGCCUCUUGCGAGUCCUUCCCAAUGAACAAGAUGAUGUCAAGAACGAGUACUUGUCGGCACUGGUGGGGAUGGACAUGAGUUUGCACAGCAUGGAAGUGGUCAAUCGACUGGCCAUGCACAAUGUCUCCACGGACGAUGACGAAGAAGAUGACGACGACGAUGAAGAACCGAUUCUUCAUCCGGAAUACAUUAGUCUAUUCAUCUCCAGUUGUAUUGCCAGUUGUGAGAAUAUGCAAGACAAGCAUGCUCAAAACCGAUUGGUUCGUUUGGUGUGUGUCUUUAUUCAAAGUCUUCUUAGGAACAAGGUGGUUCGUGUUGAGGAUAUUUACUAUGAGGUUCAGUCUUUCUGUGUUGAAUUCUCACGAAUUCGCGAAGCGGCGUCACUGUUCAAACUACUGAAAGCAAUGUAA